AUGAGAUCACAAUUUAAAGACGAACACCCUUUUGAAAAAAGACAAGCAGAAGCAGCAAGAAUUGCUCAAAGAUUUAAAGAUAGAGUUCCAGUCAUAUGUGAAAAAGUUGAAAAUUCAGAUAUACCAGAAAUUGAUAAAAGAAAAUAUUUAGUACCAGUUGAUUUAACAGUUGGACAAUUUGUUUAUGUUAUUAGAAAAAGAAUUAAGUUACCAAGUGAAAAAGCUAUAUUUAUUUUUGUAAAUGAUAUUUUACCUCCAACAGCUGCUUUAAUUUCAACAAUUUAUGAAGAACAUAAAGAUGAAGAUGGUUUCUUGUAUGUUUUAUAUAGUGGUGAAAAUACUUUUGGAGAAAAACUAGAAAUAAAUGUUAAUGAAUUAGAUUUCAGUGAUAUUCCAAAUGAUAUUUAG